AUGUUGAAAGUGCUCAGGAAGAUUUCAGGUCACUCGAACGAUGGUGAUCACGAAAAGAACGUUCCACCCAGACGCAAAGAUGUCAACAAGGACUUGAGAAAGCCGUACAAUGCCAAAACAGCCCAGUACCCACCUCAGGUAUCGGGUACCACUCCAGUACCUGAUGGAAAGCAACACCCAUUUGCUCCAUCCAAGCCAGCUGCAACGUUAUCUUCUACCCAACUAAAUGAAAGUCGUUCAGUGAGCAGCGGGAUGAGCAGUGGGGCUGAUUCUACUGCACACAUGACUCCACAUGAGAUUCACGAGUCUUUAAUCAGACAGAAUCAAAUUAAUCGGAAGAAGAGUGAGCAGUACUAUAUCUACGAUUUCGACAAUUAUAGAGGUCCCACAAACGAAUCCGUAUCUGCAGACCCAAAUUACAAUAUAUUCAACGUAAGAGACGGCAUCAAUGCAUCGUCGGCUCGGUACGUGGUUCACUAUUUGACCAAGGAAUUUAAACGCCAGCUUAUGGAAAGACUUUCGACAAAAAAUUCCGGCUUGGAUACCGAUGUUCUCAGGGCUUCAAUGGAAAUCUUUAAGCCAAAUUUGUCCCAUUUCUCUAAUUCCGAAAUCAACAUCUGUAAAAGGAUCCUAAGGUCAUUUUUCCCAUGGAAAGGCUGUUCGCUAACGGGAACUGCCAUUGAGAAUGCCAUAUCGGAAAAUUAUGGCGACUUUUCAAACCCAAAACACUGGACCAGACUGAUCCUCUCCUUGAGAAUAAUAUGGUCUCAAUUAUCGAACGGCAUUAUACCAUGGAAAAGUUAUCAGAACUUUUGCAAACUGGAGUUGCAAAAGAACUAUCCUAUAAUGUCAUUUUAUAACCUUUUACCACAAUGCUUACCCAACCACGAUUAUACCUGCACCGCUUUUGAGUUUUUGGAAAUCUUGGUUGCAAUCAUUUCCAAAGUUGACUUGGUAGUGGAUAAAAAUGUUCAAAUGGACUUGAUAUUUACUGCUGGUCAGGUCUGUUUCACAAAUGACAAAUACCUACAAAAGCACAUUCAAGAUGAUUUCAAGGGAGAACCAGAUAUUAUAGCACUAGGAAAGCUAUACACAACAAGAGGUAAUGCUCUACUACACUUAUUUGUGGCUUACCUAAGAUCCCUGGCAGAAGAAGGAAAGAUCAAGGAUUUCUAUUUGGUAGACAAUUUCCACAUCGAUAAUUAUCCCCCACAUCCUUACAAGCCUGUAACACAGACCGCCUUGACACUAACAGUCCCAUCUUUAGAGCCAGGUAAAAAUGACUUUAACACUUUGUUGAGACUUGCGGCUAAAUCUCAAUCAAGAAUAUAUUCUUCCAAUCACACGUUCUCCAAACAAGAAAAUGCUUUCCUGGAUAAGUUCGAAGAAGACCCGUAUAAGGUUUUUGAUACCAUAUUCUCUAAAUCAUCCAAAAGGUACUUAUACAAAUUCGAUAAGAACUUUGAUCCUAAUGCCUUGAAGAAGUUAAGCGAGUCUAGCAUCCAAAAAGCGUUAGGUAGCAUUUCUGAAAACGACCAGUAUGCUGUUGCUACCUGGAUAGAUCAUAUUAAAGGACAAGAUUUCAAUGAUUUCUUGAGCGUUCUAGACGACAGUGGACACGGUGAAGGUACCUUAGCAUUUGAUAGCUCAGCAAUCAAUUUUGGAAAGAAGAGUAACAACGAAAAGGAAAAUAUUUCACCAGUAAGAGUCUCUAAAAUGAAUUUAUCAGAAUGGUUCAUAUCUUCGUGGAAGUACGAAACUUUCCUUCAAAAGGUUCAAAACACCCUACUGAUCAAAUUAACUAAAAGAAUUGGUGACUGCGAUUGGCUGGUGUUGAGCACCGACGAGAGGGUAGGAAAGUCAUGCUAUUUAACACCUCCAUCGUCAAGCGAUUCUGCUAAGAUGUUCGAAGGCAAGAAGCUACCCCGCAGUGAUUCUGAUGACGUUUCUAUUAAGUCGCGUCCACCUCCUCCCAAUCUUCUAGGGGAAAAAUCAUACUCCCCAUUAUUAGAGACAUCCAGUUCUUCCAUCUAUUCAGGAAUAUCCAAAUUCCAGAAUAAGCCUUCCCCAAUUCAUGAAACUUCGAAUAACAUACAUUCUAGUCGGAAAUCUAAAAUGAGCAUUACGACAUCAGGCAUGCCGCCAGUUCCCCAAGUACUAGAAUCCAGAACUGAUAGGAAUGAAAUCAUGACACCUAUAGAGAGAAAUGGAAACAAUUCUUUCCAAAUGGCCAUACCAAACCCUGCAAAUAUUCCACCAGUUAUGGCAAAGGUAAACAAUCCAAGUAUGUUAGACGUUAGAGCUCCAGAAAAUAAAUCAAUGGCUGGAAAGCGUAGAUCCGUUGAAAUCCCGGCAACCCCUGAAUCAAGAGCUGUUGGAGAUAGAUUCGACUCAAUAAUCACCGACCAACAACAUUUCGCUAAACCAUUAGAUUUUGGAGCUAAAGUGAGAGCUGUAGUCUCAGAUAUUCCGGUUGCCGAAACAACACAGGAUGAGAUUAGUUAUGAACGGAAAACGAACCCUGUUGAAACUUCAAUUACCAAUUCCAGCGAAUCACAAAAGACAACUCUUUCUGAUAUCAAAGAAGAUGAAGGUGGCACUAACGAAGAAGCUACGAAGGAUCAUGAUUCCUUAGAUAUGUCCGCUUCACUUAAUGACACACUUGAAAAUAUUGAAAAGGAAGUAGGCUCCUUAAAGUCACUCAAAAAUAGCAAAGAAGUAAACGAGGACCUUUCUCAUAGAGCACGUAUUGUAUCUUCAAAUAUAACAGGCGUGUCUACUACUGUCAAUGGGGAAGACAAUUCUCUUGAUAAAGAGACUCAUGUUCAUACUAGAAGAGAAGUUAGAUCAAGUGAUAUUACUGUCAUUGUUGAACGGAAAAGAGAUAGUACUGAACUUGACGCUGAAGGUAAGGAUAUUUCUUCUACUGACGAUUUUGAAGAUGCAAGUAGCCUAAAGUCCGACGAAGUGGACGAGGAUGAAAAAGAAGAAGAAGAAGAGAUGAACGAUGUACAUGAAUACAACAAUGCUUCUUCUGUAGCUACUACAGCCUAUUCAGAAGCACUGGAGAAGAAUGGCAUAUGCGGAUCAUUGAAGAGCGAGAAAGAUGUUCCAUCGUUGGUUGAACAAAGUGGAGAUUCUACUGAUCCAGCAGAGAAAAGUAUUUCACUGACUCCAAGUAAAAAGCUUCUCAGAGCCUCUGCACUAAUAGAAACCGAGUCAUCUCCUAAUGAUAUUCUUAAUGACUUGAUAGAUAAUUACAAUUCCGAGAGUCUGGUAGCACCAAAUAACGAGGGUGCUACUUUGUUUGAGGUGAUUAAAAGCCAAAUGGAAAGACUAAGCCAUGGGAAGGACUUACCUCCUGUUCCCAACAAAGGAAAACCGGUAUUAGAGAAAUUAAAGAUGGACGUUUUAAAAGAAUCUGAAGAUGGUGAGAAUAAUGAGGAUUUACCAUUAGUUACUCCAACCAAAAGCACAACGUAUGUGAACGGUUUUUCCUAUAAUGCUACUCCACCAAUGAAACAGAACGAGUUUCAGAAUACCACUAAGCUUCCCUACACUCACGAUCCAAACACCAAUUUUUACCGUACUUUAAAAAAGAGUAAUGAGUCCGAGAGAAAAAUAGAUGAACCAGUUGUGACUAGUGGCGGAGAAGAAGAUGAAGAGAUGGUGCAUUCAUUGCAAUCAAUUCAAGCAGAAAUUUCUUCUAGUGCAGCGGAUAAUAAAUCAUUUAGAAAUGUUAUGCUUAAAACAAGAAGAAGUUUCCGUAACCUCAAGUCAAAAUCAUUAAAGACAUGA